AUGAAACAAAGAUUUUCAGCACUCGAUAUCCGAGCAACAGUGUCCGAUUUGAGAGAAAGGCUCGUUGAUCUUAGGUUACAGAAUAUCUACGAUAUAAACUCAAAAACUUAUCUUCUCAAGUUUUCAAAGCCGGAUAGAAAGGAACUUUUGUUGAUUGAAUCUGGAUUUCGAAUUCAUACAACACAAUUUUCUCGUGAUAAGUCGAUAACUCCAUCGGCUUUCUGUAUAAAGUUGCGAAAACACAUUAGAACAAGAAGAUUGAUCAAUGUCAGACAACUCGGUAUUGAUAGAAUUAUUGAUUUUGAAUUUGCUGGUGCUUCAGAAGGCGCCUCAUAUCAUAUUAUAGCUGAGUUUUACGCAUCGGGUAAUAUUAUUUUUACCGAUCAAGACUAUACCAUUUUGACUUUGAUACGUAUCGUUCAACAAGAGCAAAUGAUAGUUGGUCAAAAAUAUAAUGUUAAUACCGUUGCGCGUGUUGCUGAACCAGUAACACGAUCACGAUUAAAGGAAGCAUUAAUUACUUCAUCUAAUAAAGAAGCCAAAGAACCAUUAAGAAAGAUUUUAAAUACUAGGUUGAAUUACGGACAGGCGCUGACUGAGCAUGCGAUUCGUUUUGCUCAAUUGGAUCCUAAUAUGAAAGUUGGAACAAUAGACAUUUCUGAUGAUUCGGAGCAUUUUAUUGCAUUAGAAGCAGGAUUUAAAGAUGCAGACCGCAUUUUAGAAGAAAGUGCAAAAAUUAAGCAAAAGGGAUAUAUAAUCAUGCUCCACCAUUCGGAACGUUCUUCCACAGCAGGUGAAAUUUCACAACAAGAUGAUGAAUGGGAUACCUAUGAUGAGUUCCAUCCCUUUCUUUUCGAACAACACAAAUCUAAAUUAUAUAAAGAAUUUGAUUCGUUUGACUUAGCGGUUGAUGAAUAUUAUUCUUCUAUGGAAAGUCAAAAAUUAAUUAUUAAGCAGAAAAAUCAAGAAAAGGCUGCGUUCAAGAAAUUGGAAGCUAUCAAAAAAGAACAAUAUUCACGCGUCGAAAACCUUCAAAAUGCUCAGUUAUCAAAUAUUCGCAAAGCUAAAUUAAUUGAAAGUAAUGUGGAUAUGGUAGAUCAAGCAAUUUUGGUUAUAAGAAAUGCAAUUGCUACUUCUAUAGAUUGGAAAGAUUUAGAAAAUUUAGUACUAGAAGAAAGGAAGAAAAACAAUCCUUUAGCGGAAGUAAUCGUUGGAUUUAAGUUGGAAUCAAACCAGAUCACCUUAUUAUUAAGAGAAUACGAGAAAGAUGAUGAGGCAUUUUAUGAUUCUUCUGAUACUGAAUCCGAAAAUGAAAACAACACGUCCCAACAAAUAGUACAAGAAAAAGUUGAUGUUGACAUAUAUUUAUCCGCAUUUGCGAAUGCAAGAAAGUACUAUGAUGUUAAAAAGCAAUCUGCUUUUAAACAAGUUAAAACAUUAGCUGCAGCGGAUAAAGCCUUCAAAAGUGCCGAACAGAAAAUUAAACAAGAUCUUAAGGAGACGAAAAUUACAGCAUCUAUCAACAAGAUCCGUAAACCUUUUUGGUUUGAAAAGUUUUUUUGGUUUAUUUCUUCGGAAAAUUAUCUUGUUAUUGCUGGACAUGACAUGCAACAAAAUGAGCUGAUAGUUAAAAAACAUCUUCGUAAAGGGGAUUUGUAUGUUCACGCUGAUUUACAUGGUGCUGCAUCAGUUGUUAUUAAAAACCCUAAUGAGGGUCAACCAAUACCCCCGAGCACACUUUUUCAAGCCGGAAUCAUGUCCGUUUGUCAAAGUAAAGCAUGGGAGGCUAAAAUAAUAACAAGCGCCUUUUGGGUUAAUGCAGAGCAGGUUUCCAAAACCGCUCCGACAGGAGAAUAUCUUACAACGGGUUCUUUUAUGAUUCGAGGUAAAGAAUUUCCUGCCCCCGGUUCAAUUGGUUUACGUAUUGCAAACCAUUUGCAUGAACGUCGCCCAAUAAGAAAUGAAGAAGAAUUGGACGAUAAUAUUCAAGCACCAAGAGAAGAGCACGAAAUCAAGGAUGAGUCAUUGAAUGGUGACGAUAUAGAUACGCCUGAAGACAGAGAAGAUUUUGAAUUACAUUUAGAAUACUUAAAAAAACCAGUAGAUCAGGAUAAAAAUGAAUUUAACGGAAUUGCCACUAAACAAGAGGAAAAUCAAGAAUCGCAACAUCAGCAACAACAACUAGGUCUAGAUGAGUCUAUUGAUGACACAUUGCCCGCUAAAAAUGUUCAUUCUAUUGAUAUUUCGAAAUGGGACAAAUAUAAUUUGGAUGAUUAUGGCGUAGAUCAAGAUGAUGCAGUUCAAGGGAGUGAAAAGCCAGCCACUAAAAAGAAAUAUAUAUCAGCUAAAGAAAGAAAGACUUUGAAAAAGCAAAGACAAGUUAGCAUAGGAGAUACCAUUUCUGGAGGAAUGGAUAGUAACCAACAAAUUAAUAAGAAAAAAGAUUCAAACGCUGCGGGUCAAGAAAAGCGGACAAAACAAUCAUCUCAGUUACCUCGCGGUAAAAAAGGCAAAAUGAAAAAAUUGAAAGAUAAAUAUGCAGAUCAAGACGAAGAAGAAAGAACACUUCGUAUGGAAUUGCUUGGUUCAAAUAAAGCUCCAAAAAAUAAAGGAAAGAAAGGCAAAAAAGAACCUAUAAACUCAAAUGCAUCAAAACCAAAUAAGAUAAACAAUAUCACUGAUGGAGAACAAAAUAUAUCAACACCUUUCCGUAUUGAGGGCCAAGAUAUAUCUUCACAUAAUCCAGAAACCGAUCAAGAUUUUAAUGAGCAGCAAUUAAAUGAAGAAGAAGAAAUUCGACAACUUCUUAAGGAAGAAAACAUUACUUUAUUGGAAACAGGGACUUUGGAAAGUUUGACAGUGUUGGAUACAUUGACAGGAUUACCGCUGCCCGAAGAUAAUCUACUUUUCGCUGUCCCAGUUUGUGCACCAUAUAUCUCUUUACAAAAGUAUAAAUACAAGGUCAAAUUAACUCCUGGAUCAACGAAGAAAGGAAAAGCAUGUAAGACAGCUACAUCGUUCUUUUUAAGCGAUCCACAGUUGACACCACGAGAGAAAGAACUUAUUAAAAGCGUGCCUGACACAGAAAUGAUAUCAGUGAUGUUGGGUAAAUGUAAAGUUUCAGCACCAAAUAUUGAACAAGCUAAAAAAUUUGCAAAGAAAGCUGCAAAAAUAGCAUCAAAAGAAGCAGCAGCUAGUCGAAUAAAAUCAAACGUCUAG